GGAUCUGCGCAGGAGGUUGGGAAUGUAUUGGAUGACGAUGGCAAUGCAGGUUCUUUCUGGAUAUUUUUACCUCAAUAUUCUUGUUAUUUCUUCCUCUUUUUUUGGUUAAUUUCUGAAAAAUAAAUCUUUGGUGGAGAUUUGAUUUGUGAAUGGUUGUCGUUUCAUUCCUAAUUACUAGUACUAUGUUUUAUAUUAUUGACAACAACUUCCAUGAAUCAGUGAAAUUGUACUGUUGCGGCGUCUAUAAAUCAGGCCCGGUAAUUUUUUUAUUACUACCAUAAAAAUGUUCAGAGCAUGUGUGUGUUCUUGUCAUCUUCAGGGUUUAGAUAAUAUUCUUUUGGAUUAGCGAUGAUUUGGCAUGGUUCUGAUUUUCAUGGAACUCCAGAACUGUGCAUAAAUCUUGGUAGAAUAGUGCUACAUUAAUCAGUUUAAUAAUCAGCGAGGCUGGCGGCUUGCUGCUUAGUGGAGUAGUACUAGGCUUGGGAUUUCACCAGCUUGGAAAAUUGUCCCCAUCCUGAGCCGGUAGCUUAACUUCACUGGCAUAAAGUCUGCAUCAAUGUGAACAAUUCACUGUGCUACAUACGUACGCUUUCUUCAAUGCAAUGUUUCACAGAGCGUUCUUCUCCUGAUGCUAGUGAAGUUCAGGCUGUCCUCAGUAAAUGCACUGAAGGCAGUGUUGUCAGUGGUGACUGUAUUCUUUCAGGAGACGAUUCUAAGGCCAGUGGAACUCACAACGAGAUUCAAGCUGUUAGUUCUGAUCAGCACCUGGAUGACACUUCUCUUCUGGCACCAGACCAUGGAGAUGGUGCAGGGUUGAGUUCAGAGUUCUUAGCAGAUGAAAUAAAUAAGUCAAGUGUGAUAUCUCUAGAAACAGUUGCUUCAUCAAGUAAAGAUGGUAUUGGGCACAAUGAGGAUGAAUUCUCCUGUCUGGAGAAUCAAAAUAUAGUGGAGGAAGAUUCAUCACACAAUAAUUCGGGUAUGGUUUAUAAAGAGCAAAUCCCCUGUGAAGAAACUUUGUUCAUGGAGCAAAGUAGGGUUAUGUUUACUACAGUGGAUGAUGUUUCUAAUUCUACCAUCAAGGAACCUGUCAAUUUACUUGGGGAUGACGUUUCUCGUAUUGAGAAGCUUAUAUGCCCAGAUGACACCAGUGGUGACGAUUUAUCCCAACUUGCCAGCAGUGGUAGCCAUUCAGAGGCACCAGAUGUUGUCAAACCCCAGCAACAAGCUGAUUCUGCCUCUCUGGCACCAGAUCAGUUGAUAAUACCCAAGGAGAUGGGUAUUGAUGAAGGACUGCAUUGUCCUGAUGCAGAUGUGAACAUCAAAGCUUUAUCAAGUGCAGUUGAACAUGCUGAUGAAGAUAUCAGUGCUGUUAACCACACAAAUAAUGUUUCUUCGCCUCAUUACACAGCAGAUGACAUACAGGAUAAUGUCAGGCAAACAAGUGAUAUAACUCUGAUGCCAUCUCAAGCCGACCGAUCAGAGGUUAGCACAUCCUCUACUUCUCAUGAGAUUGAUAAAGUAAGUAGUCAAAGUGGUAUUGAUGAGACAAGUCCAAAUGUAAACCUUACUUCCCAUGAGGUUAAUGAGGUGCACGGCAUAGAUAUUGAAGAAAUUCCACAGAAUGAAGAUAUUAUUGCAAAUAAUGAUUCUCAAGGGUCCAAUAGAGUGUGUGGUACUCAUGAUAUUGAAGAAAAUACGCCGAACAAAGAAAUCAUUGCAGAAGCUAGUUCUCACAAGACCACUACUGUACAGAGCACAUAUAAUGUUGAAGAAAAGGAACAGAUUGAAGAGUUUGAAAGCAAUUCUACUUAUAACAAGAUUAAUGAGAUAAGAAACCUGGGCAUUGAAGAAACAAAGCAGAGUGAUGUUGUGGAAAUUUCAGACAAGAUAAAUGUAGUGAGCAACCUAGAAAAUGUUCAAGAAGAGCAGAGGAAUAAAGAAACCAUUGCAGACCCUUCAAUUGAGAUCAGUGUAGCAAAUCUGCCAAGUAGCCUUGAACUAAGCAAGCUUGAUGUAGAAACUACCACACAACAUACUGCUUAUGAGCCCAAUACAGUGAAUGUCACAGAAAAUGUUGAUGAAAUAAAGCUGAACGAAGAAAUCACUAUAGACCCCACUUCUCAUAUCAACAUGAUAUGCAGCACCACUGCUGAUGAAAAUAAGAAGAAUGAAGAAAUGUCAGAUGGCCCUAGUCCUGAUGAGAUCAUUGUGCCGCGUGACAAAUUUAAUCUUGAAGAAAAUAUUGAGGAAACUAUGCCAGGUCCUACAUCCGACAAGAUCAACAAUGUAGUAGGCACUAGUGACAUCAUUGAAGUCAAGAGUCAAAAUCAAGAAGUAACUUCAGGAACUUCUGAUGAGGACGAUGCAAUACGUAUACACACAACUGCUAAUGUCGAAGAAAAGAAGGGCGGAGAGCUUAUUUCAGACCCUGCAUCUUACAAGCUCGAUGUGGAAAGCACUGCAGGUAAUGUUGAAGAGAAAGUGCAGACUGAAGACACCAGGACUGAUCCUAGUUCUCAUGAGAGCGACAUGCUACAUAUCAUAGAUGAUGCUGAAAGCAAGGAGCAGGACACAGAGAUCACCGCAGAUCAUGCUGCCGAAAAAAUUGAUAUGCCACAUAGCACAGAUGAUGCUGAAGAGAAAAAACAGGAGACUGUUAGCACGGAUGAUUUCAAAGGAGAUGAUAAUCAGACCGAAAGCAACACGCCACAGAUCAUAGACGAUGCUGGAAACAAGAAACAGGACGCAGAAGCCGCCACUGCAGAUCCUGCUUCUGGCAAAACCCAGGGCACGGCGGACGACGCCGAAGAGAGGAAGCAAGAGGAUGAGACCGUUAGCACAGCUGACGAUCCUAACAAAGGAGACGAUCAGAACGAAGAGGAGAUCGCUGACAAGGAGGUAGUGAUAGUGAACUCAGACAAGAACCACAUCUCGCUCAAGUCCCUCCUCUCCGAGAGAGCCGCGGAGACCAGGGAGAAGAAGCCAAGCACCAAGGACCGCGUGCUGUCGUUCAGGCGGCGGGCGUCGAAAGACGGCGCGUCUCCGGCGAAGCCAGAAGCUGUUCCGGGGCAGCAGGACUGGAACUCCCCUGCCAGGUUACCCGUGGAGAAGAAACCCAAGGGGAAGAAGCAGCAGUGGGUGCCCUUCAUCUGCUGCCCAUCCCUAAAUUGAUUUGAUCAAUGCCAUUGCUGGGUUCAUAUAUGAAUCUUUUUAGUUCGUCAGGUUAUUGUUUCGCUUCGCUUCGUUUCAUUCACUUAUUUUGCUCUUGGAACUUUUGCAUGCAGCACCACCACCACAUAUUAUUACUCGACCCCUGCGUGCGUCGUUUUGUUGUAAUUACUAAAGCAGUGUUAGUUUGUACGUAAACUGUACUUCCUCCGUCCAUAUUACAAGACGUUUUAUUCCUGUCCAAA